AUGCCUCACGCCACCGACCUACCGGCACCCGAUGCCGAAGAUGCCGACUUCGAGAGUGUUAUGCGCCAGAUGAACGGGCCCCUCGCAGAUGGCGGCAUGUCUUUCGAUUUCUUACAGCGGGACUUGGAACCUGGCGAGAAAGCAGACGACGCGGUGGACUACGAGGAUUUCGAUGACGAUGAGCUUCCUGAAGAAGAGGAGAGAGCACAAGUCCCCGCAGAAAAUGGAGAGGCAGCUAUGGAUGAGGACAAAGACUUGUUUGGAGCGGGAGAAGAGGAUCUCUUCGGGGACCAGGGAGACGAGCCACAACCACAACCAGAAGGUGGCGAUGAACUUGAUGACCUCUUCGGUGAGGGACCCGCAUCUCCUGUUCACGAUCAUGCCGAUGAUACCCGUGAUUUGUUUGAGGAGGACGAACAGCCUCAACCUGCGCCGGAGACGGUUGAGACACCUGCUCCCGAGCCGGAACCCAUGACCAUGGAAGAAGACGAGGAGAUUUUGGACGACGAAGACAUGGGUACGGUGGCUGAGGACAUGGACCCAGCGGCUCUGCGAGCAUGGAAGUUACAACAAGCUCUAUUUGCCAUGUCGACUGUCGGUCCGGACAACCCACCCGCACCACCGGAAAACGUCGAAGAACUUCUACACUCACUGUUCCCCAAAUUUGAUCGCAAAACCCUUCCUCGCUUUCUCGAACUUAUUCCCCACAAGAAGGCUUUCUUUCUCGGCAAGCAACCUCCGAAGCCUCCCAAACCUGUGCUCCCUAGCAAAGUCAACAUCGAACUUGCUCAAGAUCAGGAGAGGGCUUUUAAAUCAGGUGGUCAGGUGUUUAAGCGCUCGCUGGAGUCAGAACAUCUGGGAGUGGUGGCCGUUGCCGAGGCUGCGCCGGAAGAGGAAGAGGAAGAAGAGGUUAAGGAAGACUUCGACUUCGACACAGAUACCGAUGAGGCGCUGCCAGGGGGUGUUACGUUGAACGAUCUUCGCGUCGUUUGUAUGGACUGGGAUGUCAAGAGCGAUAUUUCUAUCAUGGAUGUUGACGAACCGAUUGCCCAAGAAGAGAUAGAGGAUGCUGAAGAUGAUUGGCUCCUGGAGACUACCCGCCCAGUGAAAAAGCGCAAGCUUGGCAGAGACCCUGCGGAGUUGAUCGCUUUCUCUCAUAUAGACGUGCCAUUACUUGAUGAUCCCGAACGAGCAACAUCGCGCAUUGCCCAAAAGGUGACAGUGGACAUGAAUGAUCCUCACAUACUCCUCGACGAACGGGGACCCGAAUCUGCGACACAGAAACCGAAGGCUAUUGGUGCUCUUAAUCGGGAUGAGAUGGAUGUAAACGUCACUCGCCGCCUCACCUCGCGGUAUAACAUAUCGAACGAUCAAGCGUAUGAUAUGCUGAAACAAAACCACCAGAACAAGGUCCGAAGCACCUUGGGCAAUGUCACCCUCGAACACAGUAUGCCGGCUCUUCGUUUGCAAUGGCCGUAUUACAAGACCGAGCUUGCCAAAGCGGAAGCUCGGUCAUUCCAUCGCCCAGCUUUGGCUUUCCGGCCCGGCCAGACUUGUUGGUUCAAAAACGCUACUUAUAUCAAACGCAAGCAUCAAAGGGGCAAAGAUGUCAAGGCUCUGUACAACUCGACCAAGGCACUGUCCCUCGCCGACAACUCCAGUGCCUUACUGGUGGAGUAUUCUGAGGAGGUCCCCGUCAUGCUGUCGAACUUUGGUAUGUCUAAUCGAAUUAUUAAUUACUACCGCCGGAAGAAUAUGGACGAUCCCACUCGUCCGAAAGCAGAAAUCGGUGAAACAGCAGUUCUCCUCCCUCAGGAUAAGAGCCCUUUCUCCAUUUUUGGUCAUGUUGACCCGGGUGAGAUUACCCCAGCCAUCUCCAACUCGAUGUAUCGGGCUCCACUGUUCCAGCAUCAGGCCAAGCCCACGGAUUUCUUAAUUAUACGCAGUAGCACUGGUUCCGGAGGCAGUGAUUACUUUAUUAGGAACAUCGAAAACCUAUUUGUCGCUGGGCAACAGCUCCCAUCCGUGGAUAUUCCUGGCCCUCAUUCAAGGAAGGUUACCACUGUUGCAAAGAAUCGCAUGAAGAUGCUUGUGUAUCGUCUCUUGAAGAAGAGCCCUGAUCUGCGGCUUUCGAUCAGCGAUGUCACCGCUCACAUCCCUGGCACCAGUGAUAUGCAGAACCGCCAGAAGGUCAAGGACUUCCUCCAACACGACAAAGAUUCGAAAUACUGGGUGCCAUUAGAACCCGUUCCUGAGCAGGACGUAAUUCGCUCGUGGGUUCAGCCCGAGGAUGUAUGUCUCUUGGAAUCGAUGCAGGUCGGCCAGCAGCAUCUGCAUGACACGGGAUAUGGCAACGAUGCUGAAACAGGAGGUGACGAGGACAACGACGAAGAGACAGAGAGUUUCGAACAGCAGAUGGCCCCUUGGAAGGCGACUCGCAAUUUCCUCCUAGCAUCUCAGGGCAAAGCUAUGCUCAAACUACAUGGGGAGGGUGACCCCACUGGCCGUGGCGAGGGAUUUAGUUUCAUCAAGACCUCCAUGAAAGGAGGUUUCAAGGCCAUUGGCGAGAGUGUUGAAGACAAACUAGAUGCCCAGAGACUGAAAGAGCUCGGCGGUCACAGUUACAACGUCGCCAGACAACAAAAGUCAUAUGAGACCUCGAUCCGUCGGAUUUGGGAUGCGCAAAAAGCUAGCCUCUCGUCGACGGUCGAGCAUUCGGACGAUGACAGUGACAUCGACCGGGAAUUAGAAGAAGAAUUUAACAAGCCUACUCCAAGAUCUGAAGCCCCCACUCCAGGCCCGGGCCGCCGUGAUGACGAAACAACUAGCCAGUUCAGCAAAAUGAGCAUGCCGGAUCAGAGAGGCAAGGUCUUGCGCAUCGUUCGACAAUUCAAGGACGACAAGGGCCAGAUAUAUUCCAAAGAAACCAUGGUUUGGGAUCCUCGGGUCAUCCGUCACUAUAUACAACAUCGCCACAAGUUGGAAGCUCUAACCACCAAACUCGAGAACCUUCAGCCAACAGGCGACCCAGAAGUAGACGCUCGCAACAAGAAACUCCUCGAAGCCGAACUCAGCCGCCUAAACAGAAACAAGGAGCGACGAUUCGCGCGCGAGAAACAAAAAGGCGUGACCCGCACAUCCGCCGGCGAUUCCCCAGCCGACGGAGGCCCCGGCGGCAGCGGCAAAGGAGCAGGCACCCAACGCAAAUGCGCCAACUGCGGCCAAGUCGGCCACAUCAAGACCAACAAGAAACUUUGUCCCCUCCUCAACGGCACUAUGAAACCCGAAGACCGUGUCAGCGAUUCUGCCUUCGCUAUGGGCGCUCCUCCCGCCAUUUAA